AUAUGUAAUUUGUCAUAAUAAAUGUUUAGGUAUAAUCCAAAACUAGAAUACAUAGGUUUGGAUAACGUGCAAAAAUGCACCUCCUGUUUGACAUUUAGCAUUUCAGGGACAUUUUUUUUGUCUUGAAUGACUCGCCUUUUGCCAUGGUUUUCUCUUUGACGACGCCAAGAAAGCAUUGCUAGUUGUGUUCCACAAUACAGAUGAAUAGGACGAAGAUGACAGUAGUGUUGCCAUUGAUACACUUCAAGUGUCACCAAUGGUUUUGUUUGAUCCUUUUACAGUGCCACUAAAUGCACUGUCAAAUAUAUUUACCAACGUUGGAGCACUCAUAUGCUGAAAAUUCAAUGUCUCAGUAGAGAGCAAAAAGGCCAAACUUUGCUAAUAUACUUUUUGUAUGGAUGUGGAGCUUAGUUAGGGUAAUUACUGCUUAGUUUGAGACUUGCUCGACUUGGAUGGUUGCAGAAGUGCAUCGCAUUAUAAGGAGUGGUUGAGGCAAAUCAAGACACACGAUGACACCAUUCUUGAAUGGAAAUUUUGGCCUCAUGCCAAGUCAAUGAGCCAUACCCUGACUAGUUUGUUAGUAGAAGCCUCCAUAUUGAUAAUAUAGAGGAAAUAAAAGAAGCCAAGCUAGAGUAGAUAAGGCAUGCAUGAUGGGAUAAGAAUAAAAUAUCUUUUGAAGAUGAUUGCAUGAUCAGUAAUGACAAGACGGUAUGGCAAGGUGGUCAUCAUUUAAAGCCCCUUUUAAAAAAACCACUUCUGUAAUAGUCUGAAAGCUUGCAAAAGAUGGUGUGUGAAAGGUUUCCAAAGGAACAGUCUGAACUGCAAGCUUGAAAAUGAUCUGAUCAUAGUUGACAAUCAUGGGGCAGGAAGAAAAGCAAGAGCUCUUUUCUCCUUUGCCUGUUCUACCAAGAUUAGAUCGCCUUGAUCGCUUGCUGCAAUUUCUGGAAGAGAAGCAUUCCUCGUCAGGAAGAGGAAGGCAUGCUGCCAAAUCUGUUGUCAGGACAGUGGAAGCAGAGGGUCGGUGCAAGGCUUUAACAUCUGCACUCGAGGAAGUUCAGCACAAAGGCACCCUGAUGUGGAGGCUAGAAACGCUCGAAAAUCGAGCAUUGCAGUUAUGCCUAGAGGUGGAUGUAGAAAACACAUCAAGGUCAAGCUCUUCCACCAUUCAAGGACCUGAAAAAAUUGGCCAUGAUGAAGUUUCAACCAUACUCCCCAAAGAGGAUGAGCAAAUGAUCAUCGCCAACAAAGAGAAGCAAGAUAAUUCUCUUAUCGAUCAAGAGAUCACAUGUACUGCAGAAGCAUGUGUAGGAAGUUCAAAGGCUUCCCAAAAAGGUAGAAGACACAAAAUGAAGCACAGGAAAUGGCUUGCAAUGGGAUGCUGAUCAUGCUAGCUAUCCCCAACAAAUUAUGCAAUCUAGUCUUUCACCAGUUCUAAUUUUAUUAGUUCCACAUCUUGCAGCUUUCAUGAAGCUCAAUGCUCUUCUUAUCAAAAUUUCCACAACCUUUUUAUGUCUAAUCAUUGCUUCUAUUGGUUUCAAAAUGUAAUAAUCUCCUCUUAAUAGUGAAAUGUUAAGAAUCUCCUCUUGUCUUUAGAACAAUUUUGAAGUGAAUUUCUAUUAUUCUAUGAUAAAAAAGACAUGAGACAAAUUCCC